CCACCCCACUCGCGUCUUCUGGUAGGCAUGCGUCUCUCGAGACGAGAAUAUCAUGGACACAUGGUUGCACUGAUUCUUAUCAGUAUCUUGGCGUGAAGAAAGGGUGGUGGGGAUGGAAAACUCUGUAUCGAAGUCCAUUGUAUAUAGGGAUGGCCGUGAUUUGGCUCCAAGGAUGAAGGCAGCAAUUUUCUCAACCCCAUUUUCUACACCGGCACCGGUUGCGCUUCCCUGUCUCAUCUCACCAUGCAACAAUCUUCCGCCGAUAACAUUCAGCCCGCUCCGGCAGCUGCCACGGCAUAUAAUAGACAUCUGCAGUUCAGCGAGGAUCGAGGCGGCCUUUGGUCCUCAGGCAACAGCACCAUUGUCUCGCUGAAUCAGUCUACUGACGACGAAGAGACCACUUCCUAUGCGAGGAUAGCUCGCCACUUCCAAGCCGAGAUCGAUAUCUCUUAUGCCGAUCUGCCUUUGAUCGUCUGCGGCUUCGUCAGUGGCCUGGUGGAUGGAUUGUCCUUCAAUGCUUGGGGGAGCUUCUCCAGCAUGCAAACAGGAAAUACUGUCUUCAUUGCCCUUGGUGCUUCGGGGCAACCGAGAUACCCCGCCUACCUGUGGGCCAAGUCCCUCAUUGCACUCUGCACCUUCAUCACCAGCAACAUCCUCUUCAUUCAAACCUCCCGCCUGCUCGGUCCGCCCCGCCGUCGCUCCUCCCUCAUCCUCUCCUUCGCCGUGCAAUCUGUCUGUUUGCUGGUCGCUGCACUCCUCGUGGAGCUUGAGGUCGUCGCGCCGCGACCCGAGAACCCGCGCGCCCCCAUCCAAUGGAUGCAAAUCAUCCCCAUCUCGCUUCUGGCCUUCCAGGCGGGCGGCCAGGUCUGUGCCUCGCGCAUCCUGGAGUUCGAUGAGAUUCCCACAGUGGUGCUGACCAGCCUGCUGUGUGACUUGCUCGUGGAUCCGAACUUGCUGGCCCGGAAGAACCCCAAACGAGACCGCCGGAUCGGGGCCUUCCUGGCUCUAUUCCUCGGUGCCAUGACAGCUGGUGGACUGUCCAAAGUGACUAGCAUGGCGAGCAGUCUGUGGUUUGCUUUUGGUCUGAAGCUCAUGAUCACCUUGGCAUGGAUGGUUUGGAAGACAGACAGGAGUGGAAAGAUGGGCAAGAGCGGAGGAAGUAUAGUCUGAUCCUGUCGUUCGUUGUUUGUCCGUUGGGCUCUCUGCGAUACGAUCCCUCGAGCUAUUUGUCUCAUGUCAUUGAUGAAUGCUUGUAGGAUGUUAUGAGUUAUGAUUUCUUUUUUGAGGGUUCCUGCUUUAUAUUUAUGACCUGGUGGGCGAGAUUGUUUGACCGAUGUAUGAACCUUCCUG